AUGGAAACGUCCGCCACCAAUCAUGACGCCUUUAGGGGUUCUCCUCGAAGAAACUCCAUCCUCUCAGCCUCUAACAUCAUCCAGGCCCCCAUAUCAACCUUGUUAGAGUAUUCGGGUCUCUUUCGAACAAGGACAAGCCCUAGCCAGGAGGCGGAAACGCUGGUUAGUGAUGAUUCUGCAGGAAUCUCCAACGGGGAGGUCGCCAUUCGGAUUAUUGGGAACGGGGAGCAGGAUGCUGAAACUGAUAAUAAUGGUCCCAGGGAAGCCAGUGCCCAUGACCAUACUGAAGUUUUGGGUUCUGACCGGAUUCACCUUAAGACCAAAGGAUUACGAUUUCAGCAGGCUGCUCGGGGAUCGGCAAAUUCUUCCCUUUUCUUUGCUGCUCCUGGUGGUUUUAUCCGCAGCAUUUGCAGUAUUCUCCUCCUUUUCGUUAGCUCUUCCACUACUUGGUUUAUACUGUCUCACGGGCUUGCUUACGUAAUUGACUUUUGUUUGCUGCCUGAUCGUUUCAGGUCGUCGAGAGGUGCAUAUCUCGGCGUUAAUCGGAGUCUACUGCGUAGCGUGUUACCGGCCCCUGUGAUGGUAUGGGAUGUUUACAUUGUUUCUCUUCUUGAAGCAAGGAUUAUACAGAAGCCUCUUCUCGUCUCUGAUGACGGAUUUAUAUACUGUGACUUUCAAGCUCAACUUCAGUUGUUGAAAGAAGGUUCAAUCAUUCUUUACGGCAUUGAGAGGGCUUUGUCCACGCAAAGAGUGCACUAUGGAUCGUAUGCCACUACAGAGCAGGAUGUUGAAGGAAUGUAUUUUUGUCUGGGCGAAGGUUUGAGAGAGAGAGGACGUGUCCUCUGUGCAGCGGCCUUGGUCAAACCAGCAGAUCUAAAAUCAUUCGGUGAUGGAUCCACCAGCCUUUUCUUCCCAGAUAUUCUGAUUAAAGCACAUACAACCGACUCCAAAGUACAAAAGUCGCCCCAAGACUCACCUGCUCACUUCGCUAGUCUUCUU